UCUGUGUUCGGAAUUCCAUUCUUAGUUUACUGCAGUGACGAUGGGUUGAGUCGAAACUGGAAAGAAGAUCUAAUACCCAAAAUGGGUGAAAGUAUUCUUUGCCGAAAUUUGAUUGAGGUUCCAACAGACUUUCUAACCAGAGAGGCUUUCAGGAUGAACGUUCGUGAACGAGACCUUCUUCCUCCACCCGGGUUUAUCAAGUAUCCAAUCAAAGGAGCUGGUCUGUGGGGAGUACAUGGCGGUCUAGAGAAGUUACCAAUGCUGGCGACUGUUCCAUCAACGAAGAUACCUGGAAUCAUAAAAGAAAUUCAUGAUAGUAAACAUAAGCCUUGUGUUAUAACAUCGAUAACAAUACCUGGGGAAAAGGCAGAAGAUGAAAAAGAUCUCUUACCUCUGAUAAGAAGAAACAUUGAGAGCGCCAGAUUGCCUGAGUGUCUUUAUCCAAAUCUCUACACCAGUCAUAUUUCCAAGUUUGAGGUUUUCCCUCGCUUUGAUCCAGUGUACUCUCAAUACGAUGGUAUAAGCCGACGAACCUUAAAACAGGAAAUUGGUCCUGCGACACAAAAUGCUCUUGAUAAGCUCUCAGACGUUUUAUAUCGAAAAAGUCUUUACGAGACAGACUUCCAACCAUUUGGUCCAGGAAAGGAAUCUUCGUUGAAUCUGCCAGGAAUCGAAAAUCAAGAGACAAGCAACCAGCGAAGACCAGGAGUUUCAACAAAGGUGUCGGAAGCGACCGGGUGUGAGAAGGAGUUACCAACAGACAUUGCGGCAACUGGGGUGACAGAGAAGGACGAAGACGAGGAGGAGGAGGAAAAGGAUUACAGCUCAUGGAAAGAAAAAGUAAAGAAAGCAAAAGCGAAGUGGCUUUACGAAAAGAGGAAUGCUUCAAACGUCCUUCCAACACGUUCACCUUACCAAAAACCACGGGGUAACAAUACUGGAUUUCUCACAAGUAUCACUCUACCUCAGUGUUUGCAGGAUUCUUCUCUGGGCUCCAGCACAAAAGCGGUGUCUUUUGAGAGUCUGGCGUGUUCGAAAGCUAUCCAAAAAGUAGCAAUGGCAAAGAAGCUUGGUGACGUUGGCUCUAUUGUGAGGCUUCCGUCUGUCCCAGGUGGAAUGCCAAAGGACAUCAGAUUGUCUUCACUUGGUGCUAUGAUAUGCGAUCUACCGCAGUACACAGACGAGAGUUUACAUCAACAACGGAGGAAGAAACUGCCUUUGAUGGUAGGGAUGAGAUUCAAGACUGAUGCGCAUGUCAAGUUUCACAAAGAACAUCCCGAACCCAUACCAGAUCUUCGCGAUUCAAUUAUCGACGGCAAAAAGCAUGUCUUCUUUGGUGCGCAUGCGACGUUGCUCCGAUAAAUUCCAACAUGCAUCACGUGAUCAAACUUCCCAACCAAUCCAAUUGCAACACGUGAAAAUAUGAAAGAACGAAGCGGUUACCGACAAAAGGCAUUGCAAAUAAGCUCAGUAGAUGAAGUCCUCAGCUCAUAGCGUCAUUAAAAACUUUUUUGAAAGUCCGUUUAGAUUUUUUCAGCUUUAUACAAAUAAUAUUUUGAGUUAAUGAUAUAAUUUUCCUCCCUCUUUUAUUGUUAGUUAUAGCGCUAUGAAAUUUGUUUGUGUUCGGAAAUCAGGUUUCAGAGUUUAACGAUUGAAGACUUAAAUUUAUUCCCCUCUUUUAAUUAAGAUUUUUAUAAUUUAAGUUGUGUUUUGAUUAUUUUUCGUUCCGUCCUAUUUGGCGAGAAGAAAAAAGCUGGAAAAUAAACUGUAGAGGACUGAUCUGUAGGUUAGUCCUCAACAUGAAAAAAUGA